UACGAGCGAGUAGUAUGGAGAAGUGUCACAACAGUAAGAGACAAAUUCCCGGUGGCUUGCAAGGUGUUUGGUUCCAGAAUUUCGGUUUCGGUUUUGUUUUUGAGACAUGUAGGACAAAUCUUUCACCUAAUUUGCAUUACCAUCGUCAUGUAAUUCCAAGCCAACAAUUUCUUCACUUUUUCAUGUGGAAGAAUUUGGAGGGAGAUCUGAUCACUCAGCAAAUACAAUAUCUUCAUCAUCAUGGCAGUUGAAUUUCAAGCAGAAACAAUGCAAAAGUACUGUGGAGCACCUGUGAGAUGCCUUCAAAAUAAGGUAUAUCCGUACAACUUGCAAUAUAGUGGGAAUCAUGUGGAAGGGUUGUCAGAGCCUAAAGAUGGAAUAAACAGCAAUUCAGGAGGUGGUUUCAUGCAUCAUGACAGCUCAUUCAGCAGUAUGUCUUUCAUAGUCCCCAAUGGUAGUUAUUAUAGACCAGGGAACCAACAAGAGUAUUAUGCUUGGUUAGCUUUUCAGCAUGACAUACAUAAGGCACAACAGAAUCACUUUCAUGCACUUGAAGGCCAUUUCCAUCCUGUGAAUAGCGCAUGUUAUUUUCAUAUGAACAAUCAAUUUCAGUAUGUGCCCUUCCAAGAGUUUCAAUAUUUCAUUGUCAUAGAUUUUGAGGCAACAUGUGAUAAAGAGAGGAAUCCCCAUCCACAGGAGAUUAUUGAGUUCCCAUCUGUAAUAGUGAAUAGUUCAACUGGUCAACUUGAAGAUUAUUUUCAAAUAUAUGUGCGGCCUACAUACAAUCAACACCUGAGUGAUUUCUGCAAGGAGCUCACUGGUAUUCAGCAGACCCAGGUGGAUAAAGGUGUUCUUCUAAGUGAAGCAUUACUUCUUCAUGAUCAAUGGCUUGAAGAUAAGGGGAUCAAGCAAACCAACUUUGCUGUUGUAACAUGGUCGAACUGGGAUUGUCGAGUAAUACUGGAAUCUGAAUGCCGAUUUAAAAGGAUCCGGAAACCACCAUACUUCAACAGAUGGAUCAACUUGAAGGUUCCAUUCCAUGAGGUUUUUGGUGGGGUGAAGUGCAACCUUAAAGAGGCUGUUGAGCUAGCUGGCUUGGUAUGGGAAGGCCGUGCUCACUGUGGGUUAGAUGAUGCUAAGAACACUGCCUGUCUGCUUGCCCAUCUCAUGCAUCGUGGAUUUAGGUUUACCAUAACAAACUCACUAGUUUGGCAGUCAGUAGAGCAUCCAUUAACAAUGCAGCCAUUUCUGGAUCGCCAAUCUAGCUCCACCCAGCAACCCUACAGGACAAAGCACCAUCAUUCACUGCCCUUUGUCCAGUUCCAUCCUGUACAAGCUGUUCCCAACAAAGAUCACUGUAUGUACUGCUUUUGUGGAGUUAAAACAAGUAGGCAAAUGAUCAGAAAACCUGGACCAAAACAGGGCAGUUUCUUUUUCGGGUGUGGUAAUUGGACUGCCACCAGAGGCGCCCUCUGCCCUAUUUCGAAUGGGCUACACCCUGAAUUAUGCAGAAGGAUCUCCGUCAUUUUUACUUAUUUCAGAAGUAUCAAAUACCAUUAUCUAAAAGAAAAAGAAACGUAAGAGAGAGAGGUCUCCUGUAAGAACUUCUUAACCAUGGCUGCUACUGAUGCGUCUUCUUUUAGCAAAUUGUGUGGCCAAGGUGUCGUCUCUGUUCACUACUGCCUCUUAAGAAGUCCAGCAGGGAAGUGUGGGGAAACCCUUCCAAACCCACAUGUAAAAAUGACUUCUUGUUUAUAUCUGAGAGUGAAACAUUGAGAUAGGAAAAGGCUUUACAUAGGAGAUCAUGCUUUUACCAUUAAAAAAACAUGGCUGACAAGUGUUCUAAAUAAUUUUAUGAUACAGAUUAAACAACUUCCUUUGUUA